GGUGGGACAAAAAUAUAUUGCAUUCCCUGAAGGCUCCGUUGGUCGUUUCUAACCCUAGCUAGCUAGGGUUUCAAUCGUCGGAUCAACUCAGAUUACAUUAUUCUCGUUUAAUUUCUAUCCGUCUGUUCUUCGUUGCAAAAAUGUACGGAUCCAUGGGGGGAAUGUAUGGGAGCGGGGGGUUAUCAGAUGGGUACGGGAUCAGCUCAAAGAGACCAAGAAUGACGGAAUCCAAUCCCUACUUCGCAGUGAGCAGCGGUUCAAGUGGCGGCCACAACCCGCCUGCAACAUUUCCUGUGGUCCGCCUACGUGGCCUGCCUUUCAACUGCACAGAUGCUGAAAUCUUCAACUUCUUCACUGGGCUCGAGAUAGUUGACUUGCUGCUCGUCAACAAAAGCGGAAAGUUUUCUGGUGAGGCUUUUGUAGUCUUUUCCCGACCCGUGCAGGCGGAUAUAGCGGUACAGAAAAACCACCAACAUAUCGGGCGGAGGUAUGUUGAAGUUUUCAAGUGCAAGAAACAGGAAUACUACAACACGGUGGCGGCUGAGGUCGGAUACGACAGCGGUUAUUACGAUAAAGGUUACCGCAGAAGUCCGUCACGAUCUCGGUCCAAAAAAGAGAAAGGCAAGGAUCAAACGGAGUACACGGAGAUACUGAAGUUACGAGGGCUCCCAUUUAACGUGACGAAAGAUGAAAUUGUUGAGUUUUUUAAAGAUUAUAAAGUUGUAGAGGAGAAAGUGCACAUUGCUUGCAGGCCGGAUGGGAAGGUGUCAGGAGAGGCGUAUGUGACUUUUGAAACAGCUGAGGUGGCAAAGCAAGCGAUGUGUAAAGAUAGGUUGAUGAUCGGGUCACGUUAUGUGGAGUUGUUCCCUUCGACUCCAGAUGAAGCCAGGCGAGCCGAGUCGAGAUCUAGGCAGUAAUAAUAAUCGCCUUUAUUGUUGCGUAUGGUGUUUUUCACAGAUUUUGCCUGUGCUUUGAUUGGUGGAUAUUUUGUUUUUUGGUUCUUUGUUUAUCUUUUUCAGACGUUGAUAAUAUUAUUGAUGUGUUCAGUUACGUAUU